UGUGGUCUCCAUUUCAAAGUGUGCUCAACUCAGCAAUGAAGCGAAGAGUAGCAGCCACAAGUGCAAGUCCCCUGUGAUCCAAAAUCUCUCUUCCAACCUCUCCUUCCUUUUCCCAAAAUGGGUCUUUUCUCUUCAACUCUAGAACGCUGAAAAAAGGGAAGAAAUUGGAACGACAGCAGCCAUGUCAAUAGCUGCAAUCACGAACCCAUCUCUAUGCUCAUGUCCUCCUCUCCCAAGAAUACAAUCCAUCACCAAGCAAAACCAUUCACUUAUAAGCUUCUCAUCUAAAGGCUCUUUAGCUUUUGUUUCGACUAUUCAGUUGUCGAAGAGGUGGGAAUUUGUAGCCAGAGCAUCUUCGGCUACUGAGUCUGAGUCAUCGAAAUCAGAAGGUGAAGGAGGAGGAGGAGGAGAAGAGGUGAAGUUUGAGGAGUAUGAGGUGGAAAUAGAGAAGCCUUAUGGAUUGAAGUUUGCAAAGGGAAGAGAUGGAAGCACUUACAUUGAUGCAAUUUUGCCUGGAGGAGCAGCUGAUGAGGCCGGGGUUUUCAGCGUCGGAGAUAAAGUAAUUGCUACCAGUGCUGUGUUUGGGACAGAGAUAUGGCCAGCUGCGGAGUAUGGAAGGACCAUGUAUACUAUCCGGCAAAGGAUAGGACCCUUGCUCAUGAAAAUGCAAAGGAGAUUUGGAGCCCCGAUUGAUUCUGGUGAGCUCACUGAGAAGGAGAUUAUAAGAGCUGAAAGAAACUCUGGUGUCAUCAGUAACAGGGUGCGGGAAAUCCAGAUGCAAAAUUACAUGAGAAAAAUGGGACAGAAGCAGCAAAGGGCAAAUGAUCUCCGUGAGGGACUGCAGCUUUACAAGAGCGGGAAAUAUGAGGAAGCACUGGAGAAGUUUGAAUCGGUACUGGGAUCAAAACCAGAAGCAAAUGAAGCAUCAGUUGCAAGUUACAAUGUUGCAUGCUGCUAUUCGAAACUUGAUCAGGUACAAGCAGGUCUUUCUGCACUUGAAGAUGCCAUGCAAGCAGGAUAUGAAGAUUUUAAGACCCUUCGUAGUGACCCUGACCUUGCUAACCUAAGAGCUUCUGAAGAAUUUGAGCCUCUCAUUAAGAAGUAUGAUGAAUCAUUCAUUAACGAGAAUGCUAUCAAUGCCAUCAAAUCUCUCUUCGGUAUAUUUAACAAGGAUUAAGAGCAAAGGCUUGCUUCAUGACAGAAGAAACAAAAACUAGUGAUUGCAUGCGAACUUGAGGUUUUUUGCGGCCAUCGUCGACGAAGUUUCUGCGCUUACCAGGAGCUUUUCUCCAGAGCAUUUGGCUGUGAAGUUUUCUACAGUGCCCUCUUUUUAACUCAUUUUCCUGUGUGUUAAUCGUAGAGUGGAAGAGGAUUACAUCUUCAUAGUCAUAGUGCUUAUGAGAAUCUUGUGUAUCUGAGCUCGGUAUAUAUAUUCCCCAAAUGUACACAGUAUCUCCAUUCUUUCAAGAGAUAUACUAUAACUAUUUUUCUCGACACCAACUUGAGUGCUUAUUUGGAUUUAAAGAUUGUUUCC